GCAAACUGACGUGGGCAGAGGACGUGCACUGUAUAGAGAGGGCUCGGAUCAUCAAGCUCCCCACGGCACCAAGUAGACAGGUUGCAAUUCACUGGUUUAAGCACCCCUAGUUGACUCUCACUCACUUUUAUAUCCACCUAUUCAGGCCUGUCUGUGAGGGUAUCUUUGGUCCACAGUAAGGAGAUUUCUACUCCAUACCAGUUGAAGGAACAAUCCAAACAGAUACAGUCUUGAUGAGAUUGAUUUAUCUCAGCCAUGAAAAGGAUCUUCAGACGGUCUUGUUAAUAGUCGAUCGAAGAUGCUGAUCGAAGCAGCAUGUACGAACAAUGAAAUCACCGACACCCUCGCAAAUGACGCAACUCUUAUGUCCCGAUAUAUUACUGAGAUGCAGUGAGAGAACCUCGAUAUUUCCAAUAUAAUGACUUUUCUAGUUCAGAAUUGCCUGGUCUAACCCUAUGAACCCGCGACAAUGGGCCCCAUGCGCAUAUCCGACCGCAUCAAGCAAGACCACCGUGAGAUCGAGUCGUUGUACCAGAAAAUCAUCCAAUCCUCAGAUACGCAUGAACUCGUCCGACUCCAGAACAUGUUUACGUGGGAACUGGCCCGCCAUGCAGUCGGAGAGGAGCUCGUUCUAUAUCCUGCGUUCGAGAAGUACAUGAGAGACGGCAAGGAUUCGGCAGACAAGGAUCGUCGUGAGCACAAAGUGAUAAAAGACAAGCUCAGACAAUUCCAAGAAUUGCUCGUCUCGGACGCACGCUUUCAUCCGUACAUCACAUCGUUGAUGGAAGAUCUGAGCAAACAUAUCCAAGAAGAGGAGGAAAUCGAUCUGGUCAGACUGGAGCAGGCUAUUACGGACACUGAAAGCGAGAAGCUUUCCAAGUCCUUCAGCAGAACUAAGAUCUUUGUUCCCACUCGUUCCCAUCCUGGUGCGCCAGAUAAACCGCCGUUUGAGACGGCCGUGGGUCUUUUGAUGGCGCCUAUAGAUCGUCUGCAGAAUAUCUUCAGGAAGUGGCCAAGUGGUGAAGUCACCCCAGAUCCGUCGAUGUAGUCGUUUCAGUGGAUACACAAAUCUAGUGUGUGUGUGUGGUGUUGAAAUGAUAUAUAUACACUGGUAUCACCAAGUUCAAUUACAGUGCAUUUCUUCUAUCCAUAUAAAUAAACACAAUAUCCC